AUGUUUAUGAAGAGGAGUCGAGAAAUCCAGCAAGGCUUGAGUAACCCUUACGAGAUAUACCAAAGGGUUCACAUCGAUACUGACAUGAACUGGACUUUUGAUUCCACUGCCGAUCCCAAUUCUUUAUUUUGUACCAUCAAAUGUAUCGGAAAAGGAGGAUUCGGCAUUGUCUGUGAAGUCCUUAACAAGGUUCUUCAGCAAACAUUUGCAGGAAAAAUCAUCAAUACUUCUUUUUUAGACCAACAAAAUGAAAAAACAUACCAACAAGAAAUGAAAAUACUUCGAACUGUAAGAUCCCCGUAUAUUAUCAAAUAUUAUGGAUGCGUGCAUCUAAAAACUUCGCGAAUGUUGCUGAUGGAAUUUUGUGACAAAGGAUCAUUGCGACAAAUUUUAGAUACUCGUAACCAAGUAUUGAACGAAAAACAGAUAGCUAUUGUAAUGCACGAUUUAUUAAUGGCUUUGGAUGCAUUACACAACAAAUAUAAUAUAAUUCAUCGAGAUAUUAAAGCAGCAAACUUACUUUUCAAUUCAAAAUAUGAAAUAAAACUGUGCGAUUUCGGUGCAAGCAUCCGAAAAAGCGAUACUCAAGAUAAAUCAAACGUCAUUAUAGGUACUCCUUACUGGCUAGCUCCAGAAGUCAUCAGCGGUCAGCCAUACUCAUACGCGUCUGAUGUAUGGGGUACUGGCAUAACAGCAGUCGAAUUAGCUGAAGGAGCACCUCCAUAUGUCGAAUUCCCUCCAACAAAGGCCAUGAUAGAAAUCUCAAGGAGUGGGUUCUGCGGAUUGAGAGAACCGUCAAACCAUACAACGAUCUUCACGAGUUUCAUUAUAACUUGUUUGAAGUCGAAUCCAGAGGAAAGGCCAACGGUUUCGGAACUUCUAAAUCACCCAUUCAUCAAGCAGGUCGAAACACUUAACAGAAAAACAGAAAUGAGCGAAUUAUUAAACGUUUCUACUCCGGAUAUAAAUAUUAUGGGAGGUGGCCUUGAUCUUCCUAAGCCACAACCUGUCCAGACACCAAACCACAUACCGUCAUCCAACUUUUUGAUCAAAUCGGCUCACGAUUUGGAUCAAAACAACAGAGCUUCACAGCACCUCGAAAAUUCAAGUUUAUACUCGCUUCCUUCUACAUUACCUGAUUUCUCAUCAUCUUUCGGCUUUGACAGCCCUGUUACUGAUGAUCGGACAUCAUCUCUUCCGAACUUCGGUUCCAGCCAAUCAUUUGGUGAAGGCCGAUCUUCCCUGUUAUCUCCCAACCAGUCUGUUGUGCACGCAACCCCUGCUUUCCCUACAUUCCCUUCACAGAUCGAAUCCGUCGCUUCUUCCCUUCCAUGCAUCAUGGCCCAGGGCGAGGAAGUACCGAUGCAACCGUUCAUUCAGCGAAAAAGCCUCGUCAGCGCGAAUGCAACUGUUGUACACGCGGAAACUCUCUCGGUUCCUGACGAAGAUGAGCACAUUCCAAGUUCAUUGGACUCACUGCAGAAUGAUUGCAGUAAUUCUGACUUGAAGCCAUCGAAUCCAAAAGAAGUUGCGGUAUUUGAAUUGUAA